ACACACACCCAGCACGCAGGACGUGCCAAAAUGUUGGGCAAGGGCAGUAUUGCGACGCUUUGGCAACCGCCGCUGGCCCAUGUGCUGGUUCUGGUGAUAUUAAUCGCAGCCCCUGGCCUGUGCUACAAAAACGUGCGCAUCCAGGACAACCUGUGCUCGAACAACCUAAUUUUCACACUCGCCAAACCCUUUCGCGGUGACCCCACGGUGAGGCUCGACUUCGAGGAGGAUUCAGCGGCGAUUAUGACGCAGACCUGGAAUCUCACACUGCCCAAUGGCCACUCGGCCAACAAGAUCAAGUACGACUGCCAGUUCCGCGUGGUGACCAGCGACCGUACACCGCGCGGCAUUUACACACUCAUCACCAGGCUCAAGUUCCGGCGGGAUCCUGUCUCGAAAAAGUGCAUCGACUACAUACAGUUUACCGGCGGCAAUCGGUCGCCCAGUGAACGCAUUUGUCAUAACAUCGCCAUCAAUGGCCCGGCCGGGCGACUGAUCUUCGAUGAGCGGGAUCGGGAAGUGAACGUUCACAUCUACAUCGACAGAUCGCGCCACAUUCUGGGCGAUCAGCUGGAGCUGAGCAUGGUGCUGACAGCCCACUCCGAGUGCCAGUUCAACGGUGACUUUCUGUGCGAUCCCAACGACCAAUACUCGUGCAUAUCGCGGCAUUUUGUGCGGGACAACGUCACCAACUGCUUGUAUCCGUGUAGGGAUGAAGGAACGUGCUUCCACGACGCCAUCGUGCCGGAGGAGAUAGACACAGCCAAUGACUAACUAUAAAGCACGAUCUGGUCUGUUUGAAACGCCUCGCAUCGCCCGAAUUUUAAGAAGAAUUAAAAUAAAUGAAUGGAAAAGACGUAA